AUGCCAAUGGGGGGGGGCGGGGGGUGGUGGAGUACGGCACUAACCGAAAUUGUAGGGUGGUGUUGGGGGGGUUGUUGGGGGGGGUUGGGGGGUAGGGGGGGGAAUGGAUGGAUUAAGAGUUGGGGGGGUUUGAUUUAUGGGUGGGGGGGGAAGGUGUGUUAUGGGUGGAAGAUUGGGGGGGGGGGGGGAGAUGGAUGGGUGUGUGAUGAGGUGAAAAGGGGGGGGGGUAUGAAUAAUGGGGAAGAUAGGGAUAUAGGAAUUAGGGGGGGGUUGGUUGGGGGGGGUGGAGUUGAGGAAAAAUUGGGGGUUGUGGGGGGGGGUGGGAGUGAGUUGAUGGGGGGGUGGUGUGGGGUUGGGGGGGGGUGGGGGGGUGGGGGGGGGGGGGGGUGGGGGUGUUUGGGGAUUUUAGGUAGUGGGGGGGUGGGGGUUGUGUUGGGGUUGUGUUUUUGGGUUGUGGGUUGUGUGUGGGGGGGGGGGUGGGUUGUUGGUGUGGGGUGUGUUUGGGUGUGUGGUUGGGGGGGGGGUGUUUGUUGGGGGGGGGUGGGGGGUGGGGGUGGGUUUGGGUGGGUGGGGGGGGGGGGGGUUGGUUUGGUUGGGGGUUGGUUUUUGGGGGGGUAUUUGGGGGGGGUGGGGUAUGUUGGGGGGGUGGGGGGGUUGGGUGUUUGGGGGGGUUGUUGUUGGGUGGGGGGGGGGGUUUGUGUUUGUGGAGGGUGGUUGGGGGGUGGUGUGGGUGGGGGGUGGGGGGGGGGUGGGGGUGGGGGGUGGGUGGGGUUGGGUGGGGGUGGGGGGGUGGGGGUUGGGGGGGGUGGGUGUGGGGUUGUGGUGGGGGUGUGGGUGGGGGGUGGGGGGGGGGUUGGUGGUUUGGGGUGUUGGUUGGUGUUUGGGGUGGUGGGGGGUGGGGGGGGGGUGAGUGGGUUGGGUGGGGGGGUUGGUGGUUGGGUGGGGGGUGAUGUUGGGGGUGUGGGGUUGGGUUGGUUGGGUGGUUGGGGGUUGGUGGUGUGGGGGGGUGGGGGGGGGUGGUGUGUUGUGGGGGGUUGGGGUGGGGGGGGUGGGGGGGGUGUGGGUUUGGGUGGGUGGGGGGGGGGUUGGGGGGGGGGGUUUGAUGUUGGUGGGUGGGGGUUUUUUGGUGGGGGUGGGUUGGGGGUUGGGUGUGGGGUGGGUGUUUGGGGGUUGGUGGGAGGGUUAUGGGGGUUGGGGUUGGGGGUGUGGUGGUUGUGUUGGUUUUGGGUAGGGGGUGAUGGGUGUGUGGGGGGAUUGGUGUGGGUAGGGGUGGGUGGGGGUGGUGGGUUGUGGGGUGUUUGGGUUUGGGGGGUGGGGUGGUUGGGGGUGGGGUGUGGAUGGGGUGGGGUAGUGGUGGGGUUGUUGGGGGUUGGUUGGUGUUGUGGGUGGGGGGUGGGUGGUGGGGGUUAUGUGGUGUGGGGUGGUGUUGGGGGUGGGGGUGGUGGUUGUUGUGGUGGGGGGGGGUGGUGUUGUGUGGUAGGUGGUGUAGUGGGUGGGUGGUUGGUUUGGGUGUGUGAUUGGGUGUUGUGGGGUUUGGUGUGGGGUGGAUGUGUUGAUGGGUUGGGGUGGGGUGUGUUGUGGGGGGGGGGUGGUGGUUGUGUUGGGUUGGGUGGGGGGGUGGUGGGGGGUGGGGGUGUGGGGUGGGUUUGUGAUGUGGGGUGUGUGGAGGUUUGUUGUGUGGGUGGUGUGGGAUGUGGAGUGGUGUGGUGUUGUGGGGUGGGGGUUGGGUUUAGGGUGUGUGGGAUGGGUGGGGUUGGGGGGGGGUGUUGGGGGUGGGGGGGUUGGUUGUGUGGGGUGGUGGGGUGGGUUGUGGUUUUUGUGUGGUUUGGUGGGGGGGUUUGUUUAGGGGGUGUGGGGGGGUGUGGGUUGGUUUGUGGUUGGUGGGGUGUGGGUGGGGUAUGGGGGGGUUGGGUUGGGGGGGAUAAGGUGUGGGGUGUGGUGGGGGGGGGUUGUUUGGGGGUGUGGGUGUGUGUGGAGGUUUGUGGGGUGGGGGUGGGGGUUGUGUGGUGGGGUGUGGUGUGGGGGUGGGGUGGUGGGUGGUGUGAUGUGUUGUGGGGUGUGGGUGGUGUAGUGGGUUAUGUGUGUUUGGGGUGGGUGUGGGGGGGUGGUUGUGGGUGGGGGUUUGUGGUGUGUGGUUUGGAUUGGGGGGUUGUGGGGUGUGUUGUGGUUUUGGGGGGGGGGGGGGGUGGGGGGUGGUGGGGGGGGGGGGGUGGGGGUGUGGGGGGUUGGGGGGGGUGGGUUGGGGUGGGGGGGAGUGGGGGUUUGGUGGGGGUGGUAUGGGGGGUGGGGGGGGGGGGGGGGGGUGUUGUUGGUGAUGUUGUGGGGUGGGUUGGGGGGGGGGGGUGGUGGGGAUGUGUAUGGGUGAGGGGGGGGUUGUGGGGGGGGGGGGGUUGGGUGGGUGUUUGGGUGGGGGUUGGUAGUUGUUGGUUUGAUUUGUUGUGGUGGGUGGGUUGGGGGUAUGGGGGUAUGGGGGGUAGGGUGGGUGGUAUGUUGGGGGGGUGUAUGGUGUUGUUGGGGUGGGUGUUAUUUGGUGAGGUGGGAGUGUGGUGUGGGUUGAUAUGGGGUCUUUAUGAGUGGGGAUUUAGUUUGGGAAAUUUAGAUGGGGGGUGGGUUUUGGUGUGUGGUGUGAUGGUGGGAAGUGUUUGGAUGGAAUGGGGGGGGGAUGGUUAUUGGGUGGGGUUGGGGUGGGGUUGGGGGGGUUUUGGGUUGGUGGGGUAUGGGUAUAGGGUUGUUGGGUGGGGUUUGGAUGAUGGUAGGGGGGGGUUGGGGUGGGAUGUGAGGGGGGUGGUGGGAUGUUAUUGGUGGUGGUGGGGGGGGUGGAUGUGGGUGGGGGGUUUUAUUAGUGGGGGGGGGGUUGUGUGUGGGGGUGGUGUUGGGGGGGUGUGUGGGGGUGUGGGGGUUGGUUUUUGGGGUAGGGUGGGGUGUGGGUGUGGGGGGUUUGGAUUGUUGUGUUGGGGUUGUGGGUUGUUGGGGGUGUUGGUGGUGGUUUGUGGGUGGAGUUGGGGGUGGGGUGUGGUGGUGGGUAUGUGUUGGGUGAUGGUGUGUUGGUUGGAGGUGUUGGGAGGGGGGGUGUGUUUGGUGUUGGGUGGGUGUGGGUGGUUGUGGUGUGGGGUGGUGUGGGGGUGGUGGGGUUGUUUUGGGGUGUGGUGGUGUGGGUUGUGUUGGGUGGGUUGUGUUUGGGUUGUGUGGUGGAUGUGGGGGUGGUGGGGUGGGGGGGUUGGUGUUGGGUUUUGUGUUGAGGUGGUGUGUGGUGGGUGGGGUGGUGGGUGUGGUGUUGUGGAUUGUGGGUUUUUUUGGUUGUGUGUGGGUGUUUGUGGGGUGAUGGUGGAUGUGGUUGGUUGUAUUGUGGUGGUGGGGGGUUUGGGGUGGGGGGGUUGGGUGAGGGGGGUGAGGGGUGGAUUGGUGGGGGUUUGUGUGGUGGUAGGGUGUGUUGUGGUUGGGUGUGGGUGGUGUGGUUGUGGGUGGUGUUGGUGGUGGUUUGGGUGUGGUUGGUGGUUGUGUGGUGGGUGGGUUGUUGGUGGGUGGUGUGGGUUGUUGGGGUGGGUUGUGGGUGGGGUGGUGGGGUGGGGGUUUGUGGGUUGGGUUGGUGUGGGGUGGUGGGGGUGGGGUGGGUGGGGUUGGGGGUGUGGGUGGUGGUGUGGGGUGUGGGGGUGUGGGUUGUGGGGGGUGUGGGUGGGUGUGGUGGGUUGUGGUGUUUGGGGUUGUUGGUGGUGGUUUGGGUGGUGUUGUGGGUUGUGUGGGUGGGGUGGGUGGGGGGGGGUGGGGUUGGGUGUGGGGUGGGUUGUGGGUGUGGGUUGGUGUGGUGGUGUGGGGUGUGUGGGGGGGUUGGGGGUGUGGGGGUUGUGGUGGGUGUUGGGGUGGUGGUGUGGGGUGGGGGUGUGUGGUGUGGGGGUGGGUGGGGGUGUGGGGGUGGGGUGGGGUGGGUGUGGGGUUGGGUGGGGGUGUGGGGGGUGGUUGGGGUGUUGGUGUGUUGUGUGGGUGGUGUGGGGGGGUUGGGGUGGUUGUGGGUGGGUUGUUGGGUGGUGGGGUGGUGGGGGGGGUGGGGGGGGUUGUGGUGGGGGGUGGGUGGGUGGGGUGUUGGGGGUGGGUGUGGUGGUGUGGGUGGGUGUGGGUGGGUUGUUGGUGGGGUGUGGGUUGUGGUGGGGGGUGGGUGUUGGGUUGGGUGGUUGGGGGGGGUGUUGGGGUGGGGGGGUGUGGGUGUGUUGGGGGUGGUGGUGGGGGUGGGGGUUGGGGUGGUUGUUGGGUGGUGGGGGGGGGUGGGGGUGGUGGGGUUGGGUGUGGGGGGUGUGGGUGUUGUGGUGGGUUGGGGGGUGGGUGGGGGGUGGGUUGUGGGGGUUGUGUGGGUGUGUGGGGUUUGGGUGUGGUGGUGUUGGGUGGGGUGGUGGGGGGUGGGGUGGGGUUGUGGGGUGGGGGGGUGGUUGGGGUGUGGGUGGGGGGGGUGUGGGGUGGUGUGGGUGUUGGUGGGUGUGUGGGGUGGGGUGUGGGGUGGGUGUGGGGGUGUGGUGGGGGUUGGUGGGUGGGGGUGGUGGGGUGUGUGGGGGGGUUGGGUGGGGGUGGGGUGGGGGUGGGGGUGGUGUGGGGGGGUGGUGGUGUUGUGGGUGGGGUGUGGGGUGGGUGGGUGUUGGUGUGGGGUGGUGUUGUGGGGGUGUGGGUUGGUGGGUGUUGUGGGGUGGGUGUGGGUGUGGGUGGGGUGUUGGGGUGGGGUGGUGGUGUGGGGUGGUGGGGGGUUGGUGGGUGGGGGGUGUGGGUGUUGGGGGUGGUGGGGUGUGUGGGUUGUGGGGGUGGUGGGGUUGGUUGGGUGUGUGUGGUUGGGGGUGGGGGGUGUGGGUGGUGGGGGGGUUGGUGUGGGGGGUGGGGGUGGUGGGUGGGGGGUGGGGUGGUGUGGGGGGGUGUGGGGGUGGUGGGGUGGUGUUGGUGGGUGGUGUGGGGGGGGGGGUUGGUGGGUGGUUGGGUGGGGUUGUGGGGUGUGGUGUGGGUUGUGGGGGUGGGUGGUUGUGGUUGGGUGGGUUGUGGGGGUGGUGGGGGGUGGUGUGGGGGUGGGGGGUGGGUGUGUGGGGGGUGUGUGGGUGGUGGGGUGGGGUGUUGGUGGGGUUGGGUGUGGGGUGUGGUGUGGGGGGUGGGUUGUGGGGGUGGGUGGUGGGGGUGUGUGGGGGGGUGGGGGGUGUUGUGGGGUGUGGGUGGGGGUGGUGGGGUUGUGGUGGUUGUGUGGGGGGGGUUGUGUGGGUGGUGGGUGUGGGGGGGUGGGUGGGUGUGGUGGGGGUGGGGGGUGGGGGGUUGUGGUGGGGGGGGUUGGGGGUGGGGGUGGGGGGGUGGGUUGUGGUGGGGGGUGUGGGGUUGGGGUGUGUUGGGGGUGUGGGGUUGGGGUGGGGGUGUUGGGGGUGGGGGGGGGUGUGGGGUGGGGGUGGGUUGGUGGUGUGGGGGGGUGGGUGGGGUUGGGGUGUGGUGGUGGGGGUGUGUGGUGGUGGUGGGGUGGUUUGGGGUGGGUGUGGUGGGGGUGGUGUGGGUUGGGGUGGGGUGGUGGUUGGGUGGGUGGUGGGUGGUGGUGGGGUGGGGGUGGGUGGGGGGUGUGGGUGUGUUGGGUGUGUGGGGGGGGUUGGUUGUGGGGGUGGGUUGGUGGGUGUGGGGGGUGGGGGUGGGGGUGGGGUGGGUGGUGUGGGGUGGGUGGGGGGUGGGGUGUGGGUGGGUUGUGGGGUGGGGGUGGGGGUGGGGGUGGUGUUGGGUGUGGGGUGGGUGUUGGGGUUGGUGGGGUUGGUGUUGGGUGGGUGUGGUUGUGGGGGUUGGGGUGUUGGGGGUGGGGGUGUGGGGUGGGGUUGUGUUGGGUGGGUGGGGGUUGGGUGUGGUGUGGGGGUUGUUGGUGUGGUGUGGUGGGGGUGGUGGUGUGGUGUGGGGUGUGUUGGUGGGUGGUGGUUUGUGGGUGGGGUGGGGUGUGGGUGGUGGUUUGGGGUGGUGGGUUGGGGGGUUGUGGGGUGGUGGGUUGUGGGUGGUUGUGUGGGGGUUGGGGGUGGUGUGGGUGGGGGGGUGGUGUGGUGGGGGGGGGUGUGGGGGUGUGGGGGGUGGGUGGUGGGUGGGGUGGUGUGGGGUGGGGGGUUGGUGGGGUUGUGGUGGUGGUUGGGGGGUGUGGGGGGGUGUGGGGGGUGGGUGGUGUGUUGGGGUUGGUGGGUGGUGUGGUUGGGGGGGUGGUUGUGGGGGUGGGGUGUGUGGGUGGUGUGGGGGGUGUUGGGUGGGGUGGGUGGGGGUGUGGUGGGGUUGGUGGUGGGGUGGUGGGGGGUGGGUGUGUUGGUGGUGGUGGGUGGGGGGUGGGGUUGGUGGGGGGUGGGUGGUUGGGGGUGUGGUGGUGGGUGUGGGGGGGGUGGGGUGUUGGGUGGGUGGGUGGUUGUGUGGUGGGUGUGGGGUGUGGGUGGGGGGUGUGUUGGGUGGGUGGGGGUGUGGUGUUGGGGUGUGGUGGGGUGGGGUGGUGGGUGUGGGUGUUGUGUGUGGUUGUGGGGUUGGGUGUGGGGGUUGGUUGGUGUUGUGUGGUGUGUGGGGGUGUGGUGUUGGGUGUGGUUGGGGUGGGGGUGUGGGGGGUGGGGUGGUGUGGGGUGGUGUUGGUGUGGUUUGGGGGUGGGGUUGGGGGUGGUGUGGUUGUGGGGUUGGGGUGUUGGGUGGGUGGGGUGGUGUUGGGGUGGGGUGGUGGUUGUGGGGGUUGGGUGGGGGGUGGGUGGUGGUGUUGGGGUUGGGUGGGUGGGUGGGGUGGGGUGUUGGUGGGUGGGGGUGGGGUGUUGGUGGGUGUUGGGGUGUGGGUGGGGUGUGGUGUUUGGGUGGUGGGUGUGUUGGUGGGUUGUGGUGUUGUGGGGUGUGGUUUGGGGUGGGGUGGUGGUUGUGGGGGUGUGGUGGGGUGGGUUGUGUUUGGUGGUGUUGGUGGGGUGGGGGGUUGGGUGGGUGGGUUGGUUGGGUGGGGUGGUGGGGGUGGGUGGUGGGUUGGUGGGGUUGUGGGUGGUGGGUGUGGGGGUGUGGUGGGGUGUGGUUGGGGGUGGGUGGGGUGUGUGGUGGUGGUGGGGGUGGGGUGUUGGUGGGGGUUGGGGGUGGGUGGUUGGUGUGGGGUGGUGUGUGGGGGUUGGGGGUGGGUGGGUGGUGUGGGUGGGUGUGUGGGGUUGGUGUUGUGGUUGUGGUGGUGGGUUGUGGGGGUGGUGUUGUGGGUGGGGUUUGGUGGGGUGGUGUGGUGGGUGGGGGGGGGGUUGUGUGGGGUUGGUGUUGGGGUGGUGGUGGUGUGUGGGGUGGGUUGUGGGUUGUGUGGGGUGGGGUGUUGGGGUGGGGUGGGUGGGGUGUGGGGGUGUGGUUGUGGUGGUUGUGGGUGGUGUGGGUGGGGGUGGGUGUUUGGGUGGGUGGGUGUGGGUGUGUGGGGGGUGUGGGGGUUGUGGGUGGGGGUGGUUGUGGUGGGGUUGUGGUGGUGGGGGUGGGUGGGGGUGGGUGUUGGUGGGUGGGGUGUGGUUGGGGGGGUUGUGUGUGGUGGGGUGGGUUGUGGGGUUGGUGUGGGGUGGUGGGUGGGGUUGGGGGGUGUGUUUGUGUGGGUGGUGGUGGGGGUGGGUUGGGGUGGUGUGGGUGGGGUGUUUGGUGGGUGGUGGUGGGUGGGUGGGGGGGUGUGUUGGGGUGGGGGUGUGGGGGGUGUGGUGUGGGGUGGUGGGGGGGUUGUGGUGUGGUUGGGGGUGGGGGGUGUGGUGGUGUUGGUGUGGGUGUUGGUGUGGUGGGUGUGGUGGUUGUGUGGGGUGGGUGGUGUGGGUGGGUGUGGGGGGUUGUGGGGGUGGUGGUGUUGUGGGGUGUGGUGGUGGGGGUGGGGGGGGUUGUGGGUGGGGGUGGGGGGUUGGUUGUGUUGGGGUGUGGUGGGUGUGUGGUUGGUGUGUGGGGGUGGUUGGGGGUGGUGUUGGUGUGGUGGUGGUGGGGUGUUGGGUUGGGUGUGUGGGGUGUGUGGGUGGGGGUGGGGUGGUUGGGGUGUUGUGUGGGGGGUGGGGUGUGGUGUGGUGGUGUGUGGGUUGGGGUGGUUGUGGGUUGGUGGGGGUUGGGUUGUGUGGGUGGUGGUGGGUGGUGGGUGGUUUGUGGGUGGGUGGGGUGGGGUGGGGGUGGGGGUUGGGUGUGUUGGUGGUGUUGGGUGGGGUGGUGGGUUGGUGUGUUGGUGUGUUGUGUGGGGUGGGUGGUGGUUGUUUGGUUGUGGUGGUGUUUGGGGGUGUGGUUGUGGUGGGUGGGUGUGGGUUGUGGGGUGUGGGGGGUUGGGGUGGGUGGGUGGUUGUGGGGUGUGGGGGUGUGGUGUGGGUUGUGGGGUGGGGGUGGUUGUGGGUGUUUGGGGGUGGGUUGUGGGUGGGUUGUGGUGGGGGGGUGUGGGGGGUUGUGUGGUGUUGGUUGUGGGGUGGGUGGUUGUGGGUGUGGGGUGGUGGGGGGUUGUGUGUGGGGGGUGGGUGUUGGGUGUGGUGUGGGGGGGGUUGUGUUGGUUUGUGGUGUUGGGGUUGGUGGGUGGUGGGGUGUGUGGGGGUGUGUUGGUGUGGUGGUUGGUGUGGUUUGUGUGGGGGGUGGUGGGGUGGUGGGGUUGUGGGGGUGGUGUGGUGGGGUGGUGUGGGUGGUGGGUUGUGGGGGUGUGUGGUGGUUGGGGGUGGGUGUGGUGGGUGGGGUGGUGGGUGUUGUGGUUGGUGGGUGUGGGUGUGUGGGGUGGGGUGGUUGGGGUGUGUGGUGGGGGUGUGUUGGGUGGGUGUUGUGGUGGGUGUGUGGGUUGGGUGGGGGUGUGGGGGGUGUGUGUUGGUGUGGGGUGGGUUGUGGUGGUGUGGUUGGGGUGGUGGGGUGGGGGGUUGGGGGGUGGUUGUGUGGUGGUGUGGGGUGGUUGGGGUGGGGUUGGGUGUUGUGGGGGUGUGGGGGUUUUGGUGGGUGGGGUGUUGGGGUGGGGGUGGUUGUGUGGUUGGGGUGUGUGGGUGGGGGGUAGGGGGGUGUUGGUGGUGGUGUUGUGUUGGGGGUUGUGGUGGGGGUUGGGGGGGGGUUUGUGUGGGUGUGUUGUGGGGGGUGUUUGUGGUGUGUGGGGUGGUUGUGUGGGUGUGUGGUAUGUUGGUGAGGUGGGUUGGGUUGUGUGUGUGUAGAUAUGAGGAGGGAGGUAUUGUGGUUUUUGUGGGGGGGAUUGUUGAUGUAAUAUUAAUGAGAGGGGGGUGGGUGUGGGGGUAUUAUUAUGUGGGUGGGUUGGGUGGGAUUGGGUAUUUAUUUUAG